GUUCUAUGUAACUACGUUCUCUGUAUCGUCUAUUGGACAUCCUUUCCUUUCGGCGCGUAGUUAAGAUUAGUAACGAAAUGAGCGUUGUUCUUGGAUUACUUUCACUACUUCUUGUUGUAGUGAAUGCUAGGAUUGAUUGUGGAAACACGGUGAAACUUGAAGUUGACAUUGAUAACGUCCAGUCGCAUGGCAUAUCUUAUAAAAAGGCAACUGUCAAGAAAUCCGUCCCAGCAAAUGUUGUCUUUAAUGUGAUUGCCGACAGAAGGCCAAUAGAGAUUGAAUCUAUUGAUUGGAUGUACAAUAAUGUAUCGAUUAAUAUUGGUGAUAGCGACAAUCAAGAUAUAUAUUACAUAGUUGAGAAAGUUAAUUCUGGUUUCACUGUUACACUGCAUAUCAAAAUGCCAACCUCUCGUGUUGCUGGUACCUGGGUUCUUACAGUAAUUGCAAAGGAUAAUUCUAAACAUAUUGGUGUUUGUUAUGUUUCAUCUCCACCUGUAAUUCGCUCAAGAUUUGGCCCUGUUCGUGGUCAUGAAGGGAAUCCAUUAUCUGUUCUUUGUGAAAUUGAUGGUUUCCCAGAAGCAAAAAAAGUUGUUUGGGAACGUUUAGUGGAGAAUGAAAAUGAUCCGACUCGAAACAAGCUAGUUCCAGUGACUAAUGCUAUAUUCAAACCGCAUGAAGGCACUAAAGAUGCUAUAAUGGAAUGGACUGAUGCUUCAAAUGCAACUGGAUUUUAUAUGUGCACAGCAAAAUCCGAUUUAGGAACAGACAGUUUAUUGUUAGAAGUUCGUAUUAAAAGUAAACUGGCUCCUUUGUGGCCUUUCAUUGGAAUUCUAGCCGAGUUAGUGGUACUUGGUAUUAUCAUAUUGAUUUAUGAACGUGCUCAAGCUAAACGUCGUCGUGAUGAAGAAGAUCGAAACACCUUGUUGAAACAAAAUCCUAAGAGUGAUCAAAUGUAACCAGAUCGUUAGCUAGUUCUCUGUGAUGAAAUCGUGACUACGUUUGUUUGCUCCGUUCUCUUUAUUGGCCUCUUCGGCGUCAGUAAUAAACAGACUCUUAUUUCAAUACUGCUUUUUUGUUCAGACAUAUAUUUAUCUCAGCUUUUUUUUUGAAAAAACACGUAUAUAUAUCUCCCUUUUUAAAUGACGUGUGCAUGUGUUUAUGUAUGUAUGGGCGCAGGUGAGUGAGCAUAUAUAUAUGUGUGUGUGCGUGCGCGCGUGAUCGCAUAUUUGUCUCUAAUGCCAUUUUUUCCCACUGGCAUUGGGACACUAAUGUAUUAUUCAUUCUUCCAGAUCUGGAUUGACAGAAAGUAUUAGCGCAUUUCAUACUCUGACUGCUACUAUUGAUAUUCAUAAUGAUCAUAACAAUCAUCAUCUUCAUCAUAAAACGUCAAACAACGUAACACAGUUGUUUCUAUUUUCACAUGUUACGUAAUAUUUUUUCUGCAAACAGAGACAUUGUACCCUUAAUACUACUUUGCGUACUGUUUUAUUAUUAGUAUGAUUAUUAUUAUUGUUAUUAUUAUCACUAUUGUUAUUAUCGUUUUUUGCUGUGCUGCAUUACUACGUACUUCUCUCUCUCUCUCUCUCUCUGAGUGUGAGUGUGUGUGUGUGUGCUUAAACAGCAGAAACACAUUAUUAUAAUCUA